ACUGCCGCCUGACAGAAAAUUCGAGGGCUGCAGUCACCGGAUGUAUUAGUGACAAAUGUAAACUAUUUGCAUAGUGAGCGCCGUGCUAGCAGAAGCUACAGGGUGCAGACAGAGGUUGGGUUGGAGCUGCAGCGGGAUGACGACGUUGCUCCGGAGCCCCGACUGAAUGACCGAGAUCCUCAGUACUUCCUGUCGAUCUAAACCUGUUGUCCAUCCACCCUCAUAGCACAGUUCACAAAACAGGCACAUCCGGACUUCCCUUACAAAGAGGGAGAGCGGGUCUGUCAUAACUGUAAGAACGGAAUCCAGAGGGUGAUGGUGAAGCAACCUGAUGCAAAUAAUCCUUGAGGAUAUGAACAUGUGGAGCUGUAGAAACUGAGAGAUGUGGAUAGUAAUAACGUUAUAAUGGCAAUGGGACCUCAUACCUGAAGGAGCAAUUAUUUACUCGUCGGUUCAUGUCCCGCAGGUAUUCAGAGCUUGUCAGAUGAGAUGCGGUUUGUCCCGCGGGAAUGACAAUUUGAAGUUUACUGAUCCAAUUAAAAAAAAAUAAAAAUUUAGGCCACUUGCAGCCACCACCUCAGUGUUUUUGCUCCAUCGUGAAGGCACAAUAGAUUGACUCUGCUGACAAAAGGGGACAGAUCUGUGCCUGUAGUCACAAGUAUUUCCCUGCUCCCAUUCACCACUUUAAGAUCCCUAUUGCAAGAAAUCCUGCUAAAAUGUCUUCGGAGUGGGGUGAGAAAUCCACAGCGGACCUCAUGAGUAGGUAUGUCUCCAAGGAAAUGGGAUACGGAGUGCCCAAGGAAGGUUGGCGCAUCUGUCUGGCACAUGAGUUCAAGGAGAAGAGAAAGCCCUUUCAAGCAAAAGAUGUCUCGCUGUCCAAUGUCUGGGAGCACGUUGGCCUUGGAAUCAGGUAUCUAAAAUGGUGGUACAAGAAGACCCAGGUGGAAAAGAAGGCUCCGUUCAUCGAUAUGUUUGGUGCCCAACCGUUGCGUCAAAUAUAUGGUGCUCCACUUGGCGGUAUUGGAGGAGGUACCAUCACAAGAGGUUGGAGGGGAGAGUUCUGUCGAUGGCAACUUAACCCUGGAAUGUACCACUACAAAACUGUCACAGCCAACCAGUUCACAGUUUGUUUGCGUCGUGGAGGACAAACAGUUUACCAGCAGGUGCUAUCUGUAGAGCGUCCUCCCACGUUACAAGGCUGGAACUGGGGCUACUGUGGGGAGUAUGCCUUCUACCACGCCCUGUACCCCCGCGCCUGGACUGUGUACCACCUGCCGGGACAGAACGUCACCCUGACCUGCAGACAGGUUUCCCCUGUCAUCCCCCAUGAUUACCAGGACUCAAGUCUCCCGGUGGCUGUAUUUGUGUGGGACAUAGAGAACAAGAAUGACUACGACUUAGAUGUCUCCAUAAUGUUUACUAUGGUCAAUGGGUCGGGACACAAGGACGACAAGAGCGGGGGACACUGGAAUGAACCAUUCCACCUGGAGAAGGAGGGGGAGGCAGUGUCUGGGGUUUUGCUACAUCACUGCACUACAGUAAACCCAUACACUCUGUGCAUUGCAGCCCGAGAACAGCCUGACAGGGAGGUCAGUCACCAGACAGCGUUCAGCCCAAAGGGAACUUGCAGCAGUCUGUGGAGUGACCUCAUCACUGAUGGACGACUGGACUCUCCUACAGGUUCCUGCCCGCCGACGCCUAGGGGAGAGAAGGUGGCAGCAGCGUUGGCAGUGGGCUGCUCGGUGUCGGCUCAGAGCUGUAACACCCUGGAGUUCUGUCUGACUUGGGACAUGCCCAAGAUCACCUUCGGUUCCAGGGAGAGGGAACACAUUAGGAGAUAUACUCGUUACUUUGGGACCAAAGGGGAUGCGUCCCCCUCUCUCAGUCACUACGCCCUAACACACUACAAACAGUGGGAGAAGAGCAUUGAGGAGUGGCAGAGACCGAUUCUGCGGGACAGUUCUCUCCCUUCCUGGUAUAAAUCGGCUCUGUUUAAUGAGUUGUACUUUGUGGUGGAUGGAGGGUCGGUGUGGACUGAGCUACCAGAGGAUGCUGAUGUCAGUGGCGGCGUGCGCAGUGAAGAGGGGGGGCUCCCAGCUCAGCCUGCUGUCAUCAAGGAGUACGGCCGUUUUGCCUACCUAGAAGGUCAGGAGUACAGAAUGUACAACACAUACGAUGUGCACUUCUACGCUUCUUUUGCACUUAUCAUGCUGUGGCCAAAACUUGCCUUGAGUCUGCAAUAUGAUAUUGCUGGCAGUGUGGUUCAGCAGGACCCAACAGAAAGGCUCCAUCUGAUGAGUGGGCGGUAUUCUCCAGUCAAGGCCAAAAAUGUGGUGCCUCAUGACAUAGGAGACCCAGAUGAUGAGCCAUGGCAAAGGGUGAAUGCCUACCUCAUUCAUGACACUGCAGACUGGAAGGACUUGAACCUGAAGUUUGUCCUGCAGGUCUACAGGGACUUUCAUCUUACCCAGGACAGUCAGUACCUGCGGGACAUGUGGCCCAUCUGCCAGGCGGUCAUGGAGUCGGAGAUAAAGUUUGACCUAGAUGGCGAUGGACUAAUAGAAAACUCUGGAUAUGCUGACCAGACCUAUGAUGGCUGGACAGUGACUGGACCAAGUGCGUACUGUGGUGGGCUGUGGUUGGCGUCCCUGUGUGUGAUGUGUAAGAUGGCCAGAUUGGUAGACAACGAGGAGAAAUACCAAUAUUACAGAGACCUCUUGGACAGAGGCAGUGCUGCUUUUGACCAACUGCUGUGGAACGGCAAGUACUACAACUAUGAUAGCAGUGGGAGAGACCUUUCCAACAGUGUCAUGUCUGACCAGUGUGCUGGCCACUGGUUCCUGAGAGCGUCUGGGCUGGGAGAGGGAGACUACCAGGCUUUUCCAAAAGAAAAAAUCCAGACCGCACUAAAAUCUGUCUUUGACUUGAAUGUAAUGACCUUUGCUGGAGGCCAGAUGGGGGCAGUUAACGGCAUGCGUCCUGAAGGAGUGCCUGACCGCUCCAGCGUCCAAUCAGAUGAGGUCUGGAUUGGAGUAGUGUAUGGACUGGCAGCCACUAUGAUCCAUGAGGGUAUGCGGGAUGAGGGUUUGCGCACGGCGGAGGGUUGCUACCGGACUGUGUGGGAAAGACUAGGCAUGGCGUUCCAGACUCCUGAAGCCUACUGUGAGAAGGGCAUCUAUCGCUCUCUGGCCUACAUGAGGCCUCUGAGCGUAUGGGCCAUGCAGCUAGCCCUAAACACUUCACAGAAGGAUCAGACCACAUCAGCUCAAACUGGAGACAUUGGCAGCAUUUGAGAGAAAGUCAGAGCUUAGACUUCAGUCAUCAUACUGGUGUGAUUAGUGAGGUAUAAUGAGUUCCUCUGAAAAUGACCUCCAAGCCCUCCUGCAGCCACCACUCUCAUCUGCGCUCCCACCUUGCAGUGCUCUGUUUGACUGGUUACAGACCUUGAAUUUAAUUCUCUACUGUCUUGCUUCAGAUGUUUUGUCGUUUGAGGCUUAAGGUCAUAACUGUGAUGGUUUAUGCUUAACAAAGUCAGCAGCUACUGUAGAUCAUGAUAUUUUUUAGGUGAGGAGUUCAACAUUUUUCAAGAGCCUACAAUUGGUUCCUGAGGUGUGCAGUGUAGGAUGGUAGCAAGGUACUGUCAAAAUCAUAGCCAGUAUGUAAUGCUAAUUAAAAAUUGACCUUGUGUUCCAGCAACAUAUGUCUAUUUGCACGCAUGUAAACACACAUGCAAGCACUACAUUUAACAGUUUGCAAUCAUGUUAAAAAUGAAGUUUGCACACUUGCAACAAGUUUACGGGCUAAAUAUUUGAGGACUGUUGUCUGUUAUUAUACCAGCCACAUUUAGUUAUUAUUGUCUUAAACAGUUGAGAAUAUCCGAAGGCCUGUGAUUUGAAUCAAUUGAUUACUGGAUCAGAUAUAUAGGCACUUGAAAAGAGUCAGUUUGAAGAUUAUUUUUUUCCUCCACUUAAAUUUGAAUGCUAUUAUAAGUGAUGUAAUAUGUGAUGAGUAGUAUUGGAAAUUAAGGCUGAAAAAAAUAUAUUUUCUUCUUUUUUAAAUAGUAUUUGGUGCCUUGUUGCAUGUUGGCCUAUAUCUACAGUAUAUAAAUGUAGCAGCAACAUUUACUAUGUUUUAUAAGAUCCAAUACCCAUGACAAUCAUGCUGAAUAAACGACUGAAUAAGAUACAA